GGAAACUAUUAUGACCACGUGACUGCACACGUGAUCACUAUGUUAGUCACGCUGAACGGGUUUGGUAGCCGCCGCAAAUUGACCGGCAGAGUAUAAGUUCCUGAAGUAUUCCUGGCUCUUCGCUGAUCAAAGUCCAACCCCGUCAGUUCCCUUUGUUUCUAUAGAAAAGGCGAAUAUCAAUUGGAGUCUUAGAGAAGAGAAUCUAUCGAGAACAGUAAUGGCCGACAACGAUCUCUCAGAGAAGCUGGCCCUGCUCGGUCUCAGCGAUCAAAAGCUGUCCGACGCAUUGAAAAACAAGAAACUGGCCGCCACCCUUUCGUCCGUCGCGCAGGAAUCAGGACUGACUUCACCGGUUGAAGACAAGACCUCUGCUGCGCUGCUUCAGUCGCUGGCGUCUGCUACCAAGGACGUGGCGGAUCCGAGCGUGCUGGCUGCCAGACCGCUGGUGAUCAACGCGAUCCUGGACAAGAAAAUCAAAUCAUCUGUGCAGCUUGAUGGUGCUGUUUCGUACAUCAAAUCUGCUGGCGAGAAAGCAAACGCUUCUGAUCUCGAAGAAGCCGCUGGUGUCGGCAAGGAGUCUACACCGGAACAGAUCAAAGCUGAAAUUGCAGCAUACUUCGAGGCCAACAAGGAGUCCAUCACCACAAAUCGCUACAAGUCGAUUCCUAGCCUCAUGGCCGGAAUCAAGCGCCUUCCAGGACUGAAGUGGGCAGCACCCGGUGAAGUCAAGCUCGCGAUCGACGCAAAGCUGCUCGAAGUUCUAGGACCGAAGGACGAGCGCGACGCACCGCCCAAGAAGACAAAGAAGGAAAAGACGCCUGCCGCCGCGGCGGCGUCCACCGAGCCAAAGAAAGCUCGCAACAUGUUCACCGAGGGAUUCUUGGGCGAUCUUCACAAGCCGGGUGGAAACGAGCAGACUAGACCUGAGCUGAUGGAGCAGCACUUGAAGGCCACCGGAGGAAAAGUCGUCACCCGAUUCCCUCCAGAGCCUAACGGGUACCUACACAUUGGACACAGCAAAGCGAUCGCCAUCAACUUUGGCUAUGCGAAAUUCAACGACGGUAUCUGCUACUUGCGUUACGACGACACCAAUCCCGAGGCCGAGGAGGAGAAGUACUUCACCGCGAUUCUCGACAUCAUCACCUGGCUAGGGUACAAGCCCUACCAGAUCACCUACUCGUCAGACCAUUUCCAGGAGCUCUACGAUCUAGGAGAAGAGCUGAUCCGACGCGACAAGGGAUACGUCUGCUUCUGCACCGCCGAAGAAGUCCAUAACAACCGUGGUCUUCAUGGCGGCCCGCGAAUCGCUUGCGCUCAUCGUAGCAAGCCCGUCGAGCAGUCUCUCGAGGAGUUCCGCGCGAUGCGUGACGGGAAGUACGCCCCGGGCGAGGCUACCAUGCGGAUGAAGAUGGAUUUGGAGGAUCCGAACCCGCAAAUGUGGGACCUGGUGGCGUACCGCGUGCUGAAUGCGACCCAUCAUCGCACAGGCGACAAGUGGAAGAUUUAUCCGACGUAUGAUUUCACGCACUGUUUGUGUGAUUCGUUUGAAAACAUCUCCCACUCGCUCUGCACGACUGAGUUUUACUUGUCGCGCCAGUCGUAUGAAUGGCUCUGCGAUGCGCUCGACGUGUACAAGCCCGCGCAGCGCGAGUACGGCCGGUUGAACAUCACCGGCACAAUCAUGUCGAAGCGCAAGAUCCUUAGACUUGUCAAAGAACACUACGUCUCGGGCUGGGACGAUCCGCGGUUGUUCACGUUGGUGGCCAUCAAACGACGCGGCGUCCCCCCCGAAGCCAUUCUCUCGUUUGUCAACGAGCUCGGCGUGACGACGACAAACAGCAACAUCCAGGUCGCCAGAUUCGAGUCCUCGGUGCGAAAGUACCUCGAAGACAACACUCCGCGACUGAUGCUGAUUCCAGACCCGAUCCCGAUGAUUCUGGAGAACUUGCCGGACGACUACGUGGAGGAGAUUGCCGUGCCUUACAAACCUGGCGCGUCCGAGUUUGGCGAACACACUGUUCCGUUCACAAAGAAGGUCUUUAUCGAUCGCUCUGAUUUCAGAGAGGUUGAUUCGGCGGACUACUUCCGUCUCGCGCCGGGCAAGUCGGUCGGCCUCUUGAAGGUUCCGUACACUGUCAAGGUCACAUCGUUCACCAAAGAUCCCGCGACGGGCAAGAUCACCGAGAUCAGAGCUGUGUACGAGAACGACAAGAAGGUGAAGCCAAAGACGUACAUUCAAUGGGUUGCCGAAUCCGCCGCACACAGCUCGCCAAUCAAGGUCUCUGAGGUGCGAAACUUCAACCGCCUGUUCCUUUCUGAAAACCCAGAGUCCAACCCGGACGGAUACCUUGCCGACAUCAACCCCAACUCGAUCGAGCUGUGCGAAAACGCGGUGAUUGAGAUCGGCUUUGACGACUUUAAGAAGAAGUUUGUCAAGCCCGGAGCGGGACCUGAGAGCAUGAGGUUCCAGGCUCUGAGAGUAGGAUACUUCUGCGUCGAUAAAGAUACUACCGACGAGAAGCUUGUUUUUAACAGAAUCGUUACUUUGAAGGAGGACUCCAGCAAAGAUAACUGAUUUGCUCUACUGUAUACAAUCUAUCUGCUUAUUUUUUUGUUCUUGCAUAUUGAAGAGUUUAUAUACUAAUGUAACAAUCUAAAGUAAAUAAUAAUACUAAAUCUAAUUGUAUUCCU